AGAAGAAAAAGAAGAAGAAGAAGAAGAAGAAAGAAAGAAAAAUAAGAAGACAGGAGCAGCAACAGAAAGCAUAACCAUACUCGUCUAUACUAAGUGCUCUUUGGUGAGCAGAUUUGCAAAUUAACACGUAAGUUUACUUCUCUGAUGCCGAUUAAUAACAAACGGUGGUCUCCAUUUGGGAAGCAGUUAACAGGACGUCAAUUUAAAAAUUCGUCACGAGCUAAAUCGGAAUUGUUCAGCUACAUACCCGUUCAAAAGUUCCCCUGCGAGGGCAAACUUAAUCUGGUGCACAACGUAUUCGCCAAUGUCAACUGGCUUCUGGGAUGCAAUUUGACGCGAUCGUGUUGGUUGUAUUCACCUCAAUUAAAGUUCAUAACCGGCGCUCCCACUGACUCACAUGCGAAAUCAACGAUGACAAGUACAGUGGAUGCUGGCCUUUGAUCCAUCAUGAUUUCACAUGGUUUCAAGAGUAGCAAACAGGACUUUACCUUUGGCCCAUGGAAAGUUACAGCUGCCAAAAACCAUAUCAUGAAAUCUAAAGAUGUUGAAAGACUAACAGAAGAGUUGAAUUUGCCCGCCCUCCCAGAAAUGUUAUUUGGGGAAAACAUCCUGCGUAUCCAACACUGUGAUGGCUUUGGAAUUGAAUUCAAUGCCAUUGAUGCCCUGAAGAGAAUCCACAACACAGAUGACACUGUCCAAGUGGCUUGUGCUCAACAAUGGCAGGAGAGCAGAGUUGCUUCUGAACACCCUCAAGAGAUGGUGAGACCAUACGACUGGACAUUCACCACAGAUUACCGGGGCACCCUAAUAGGAGAGGAAAUGCAGCUCAAGGUGGCUGAGACGACAGAAAGAAUUAACUUGGAGAAGCUGAGGGCCCGUGAACAGAUUGUGUUCUUUGACGAGGUCCUACUCUUUGAGGAUGAGCUGCAUGACCAUGGGGUCUCAAUGAUAAGUGUUAAAAUUAGGGUGAUGCCCACCAGUUUCUUCACAUUGCUGCGUUUCUUCCUACGAGUGGAUGGUGUCCUGAUCAGAAUAAAUGACACACGCCUGUAUCAUGAGGCUGGACAGAAAUACAUGUUAAGAGAGUUCUGCACAAGGGAAAGUAACAUAGCUGAACUGAAGAGUGUUCCUCCUUCAUUGUACACUGAUCCGAAUGAGAUUGCUCAACAUUUAACUUUCAAGCUCAGAGAGUGUGAGAAGUUGGAAUUUCCCGAGCAGGAGCCUGCUAAUGAAGACCUUUAAUGACCAGUUUAUUCUUCUUUAUUUUUUUUGUUGAACGGACUUGUUCAAAUAAUAAAUAAUACAGUCAC